GGGAGGCACGGGCUGCUGUGAGCUGAGUUUGCGAAGAGGAUAAGAAAGAGCCUGGAUGCCGAGCUGGUCCCCAUGCAGCCAGCACCACGGCCGGCCACACACAGCCGGAGCACGGGGAGGGCAGGCCCGCCGCAACACCUAAUAUGUGUCCAGCGCCAGGCCGGCUGGUGCAUCCAUUAAUCCCAUUCCUGGCCCGGGAUCUGCCGCUUGUGCAAGAAAGAGUGGGAUCCCCAUGCGGUGUUAGUGCCGGUUUGCCAUGCUGGCCUGUCUACCAGGACCAGGUGACCUCUCCUUCCAGCUUCUCUCUCACCCGCAGAUGAACACUGGACUUCAGAAAUGGGAUACUACACAGAAGAUGAGAUCUGCUCAGCAUCCUACUCCAGCAGAAUUGGAUGCUUAUGCUAAGAAAGUUGCCAACAAUCCCCUGACAAUAAAAAUAUUUCCAAACAGCGUUAAAGUUCCCCAGCGGAAGCACAUACGCCGCACCGUGAACGGACUUGAUACAUCAGGUCAGCGGUACAGUCCGUACCCAUCACAAGUCAGCACAAAGACAGGACUCCUGGCCAUUGCCAAGUCUACAGCUAAAGGUGUCUUGAAGGACUUUGACGGCACUCGUGCUCGCCUUUUGCCAGAGGCUAUUAUGAACCCCCCUUCUGCUCCAUACGUUGCACCUAGCACUUUAAACCACCCUCAGGGGCUUUCUCGUCCCCAGCAAGCCCUGCAGCACGCUCAGGCCCUGCAACACGCUCAGAGCAUGCAGCAACAUCAACAGCAGCAGCAGCAACAUCAACAGCAGCAGCAGCAACAUCAACAGCAGCAGCAACAGCAGCAGCAGCAGCAGCAACAGCAACAGCAGCAGCAGCAACAUCAACAGCAGCAGCAGCAACAUCAACAGCAGCAGCAGCAGCAACAUCAACAGCAGCAGCAGCAGCAGCAGACUUUGUCCCAUUCUCAGAGCAUGCAAUCUGGCCUGCAGCUCUCACAAGGCCUGCAGCACCCUCAGACAUUGCAGCACCUUCAGGGCAUGCCACAGGGGAUGCAGCACUCUCAGGGUCUGCAAAAUACGCAGAGCAUCCCCCAGCCCCCAACCUUGCAGCACCCACAGAGUGUUCAGCAUUCACAAGGAGUGCAGCACACACAGAGCAUACCACAGCCACAGGCUCUGCAUCAUACGCAGGGUCUUCCACAGACAAUGCCGCGCCAGCAGAGCAUGUCACAGACUCUGCAGCACCAACAGAGCCUUCCACAGGCAAUGCAGCACUCUCAAAGCCUGUCUCAAGCUCUGCAGCACACACAGGGAUUGCAGCAUCCUCAGAACAUGGGGCCACAGCAUUCGCAAAGCAUGCCGCAACAACCGACUUUACAACAUGCCCCUGGUGUGACACACCAGACUAUACCACACCCCACCAAUAACCUCCUGCAGUCAGGUUUACAUGGAGCUAGGAAGAUGCCAGACGCAGAUGCCCCUCCGAAUGUGACAGUGUCUACCUCAACCAUCCCCCUCUCUAUGGCUGCCACUUUGCAGCAGAAUAGACCACCAGACCUGGGAAGCAUUGUGCACCAGAUCAACCAAUUCUGUCAGGCCAGGGCUGGUAUAGGCACUACUUCGGUAUGUGAGGGACAGAUCGCCAACCCUAGCCCCAUUAGUCGUAACCUGCUUAUCAAUGCAAGCACCAGGGUCUCAACUCACAGCAUACCUAUGCCUUCCUGUGUUGGAUCAUCUGUAGACCACGCUGCUGCUGCUGCUAUUUCCUCUGCUGCCUCUGGAAAUGUCCCUAUGGUUAAUAUGAGCAGAGUGCCUACUUCAUACCCUGGUGACAUGAAAGCAAUGGGAUGGAACCAGCAUCAGUUAGCUCAUCUACAGCAGAUGUGUGGAGAAACUGCUGCUGCUAAACACACUCAGAGAGAGAUUGCUGCCCAGGGCUUUUCAGCCAAGCCGGCAUCCUACCCACAAGAACUGUGCAUGGGCCAGUCUUUUGGCUUGAAGCCCCCUAUUGAAAAACCCACACCUUCCCCACCUGUGAAUGGAUUGCCGGGUUCCUUGCCAUACACAAACGGGCACUAUUUCCAGCCCAUGUGGAAUAACAUUCUGCCUACUCCAAACAGCGACAGCUCUGGAUCCCAGGACCUUGCCAUGCCUUUCCACGGGGGCCAGGCAGCUGGUGCACCCUUGGAUUGUGCUGGAGGGACUCACUAUCGAGCCAUGGGGGCCGGAUCUUCCAGCCAGAGCAACAUGAUGCAGACGAUGGAUUACCUGAGCGGAGGGGAGUUCCAACAGUCAUGCUUCAGAGAUCAAAGCAUGGCCCCACUUGCAAAGGUUCACAGACCCCAAAUGAGCAGAGCCCCUGAAUCAGCAGAUAGUCGAAGUAUUCAUGUUCAGCAUCCAGGGUAUAGAUAGGCUACAGUCACUUUUGCAACAAAGAGGGUUUUAGUCUUAAAAUGAUUAGCAAGGCUCUUGUAUCCUCUUCAAUUGGCUAACUUGUUGUGAUCAUUAUAUGCAAAUGUAGCAACACCGUGCUGUAAUACUUCAGAGUAGCUUAAUGUAAGCUCCUUCAUAUUGUGUUUAAUUUAUAUACAGUAUAUAUUUUUUUUGUUUUCUUUAACCUUUUCAAUGUCUGUAGUGGGUUUUCUGUCAAUUCAUUACUAGCCUCCCAACACUGAAAGGUUUCAACAUGCUGCUUUUUAUUAUGGGAACACUAAAACCUCAAGUGGUGUUCUUUAUUAUUAUUAUUUUUUUUUUUUUUUUUUUAUCUUCUUUCUUGCUGUCCAUGUAGACUGUAAGAAAUAGUCUUUGUUCGCAUGAUCAAGAAAUGUAAAAUGCCUGAGAACCAAAUGGGUCCAGUAUUCCUAAAUAACAUGGCCUGGGUUUGUCAGCAUCCUUAACAUUUUGUGCUGUUCUAGCCAGUUCUUUCGGUGGGAUGUGGACUUAACCCACCUUGCUGUCAGUGUAGUCACACCGUGUUGAAUUUUGAUUAAUCUUUUUAUUCUAAAUUUAUUUAUUUUUUUGCCCCUCCCUUGUAUAUGCAGACUAUCACUGGAUAGAAAAAUUAGAGGCACUGUAGUAAGUCUGCAGACUUUUUUUUUUUUUUUGGCCCGGACAAGGUUAUUCAUAACCCUGUGGUUUUGAGUAUUUUAAUUUUGUAAUUAAAAGGCCAAGACCCGUAAGCUUUACAAAUUUUUAUUUUUAUUUUUUUUGUGUGCU